CUUGACUUAUUAUUUCGAGUUGCGUACGAAGAUGGAAAAGGCGAGAGACUCGAGAUCGAUGGAUGUCGUCGAACGAAGGUAAUGGCGGCAAUAAUAGUGGUGUGAACGAAUGAUACCGAGAGAGUGCGAAUAGAGUAAGACGAUGGCUGUCGUUCGCAGUGGAAGGGGGUAUCGAGGAGUAGAACAGGACGACGACGAGAGCUUUUAUGGGCAUGUCCAAGGACUACCGUCUCAGAUGGGCAAGCAUGGGGCUAGACUGGCGAAGCAAUCGAAAGGCAAGCGCAGACCCGACCACGGGGGGUUCAAAGCGGAGAGCACGGGUGCUGCAAGCUACGAAGUACGUACGAGGUACGAAGUAUUGCAGCGGACACAAGGUUGCAUUCGCAAAGAACAUCGCCUCAACGAACCGUCAACUGUCAAGCCGGCAUUUUUCUCGGUGCUACGAAUCACCCCGACCGUCAAAGUGAACCUGUACACUUAUUCCGCCCCCAACGUGCUAAAAGUGCGAAGUUCAGGAAGCGGUGAAGCCUUCAUGUCGCAUUUACGACGGAUUGCGGUCAAGAUGAUCGAGGAGAGCAACCAGCGGCUUCCCAGCGGCCGGCACUGGCACCAGUCCCUGGCCCUAGCCCCUGAGGCCGGCGAAUGCUGCACCUCAACCCAAGCCGUGCCCCCACCCGAGCAGAGUCACCGCAAAACCCCCGCUGCACGCAUCUUCGAUGCCCAGGGAACCCGGCUCUCAGUACGGACACUAAUUGCCUACCUUACAGUAGUGGCCGAAGUGCUGAUGCGCAACCGAGUGGGGUCACACCGUCGCGCUUCUUUCCAACGCCACAGUGCUACUAGACUUGGCAUGAUCGUCGUGUCGACGUUGUUGUCCAUGUCACAGCCACAGAAAAAAGGGGUCUCCCCCCUGCCCGGUUAUCUCUAGCUCGGGAAGAACUCCAAGAAUAGCAUCUCGUUCCCUGCUUGCUUUUACUUGAGGCCACUUGGAGGCUUAGACUACGCCAUUCGCAGGUGCUUUUCCGCAUCAGGCAAUCGUCUUUGGACCGUUUUCACGC